AUGUCCUGCAAGGCUCUGGCUCUCUGCCUCCUGGGGCUCCUGGCUCUCUCCUCCGCUUGCUACAUCCAGAACUGCCCCAUCGGGGGCAAACGCGCGGCGCUGGACAUGGAAAUCAGGAAGUGCCUGCCCUGCGGCCCCCGGAACAAGGGGCACUGCUUCGGGCCCAGCAUCUGCUGCGGGGAGGAGCUGGGCUGCUACCUGGGCACCUCGGAGACGCUGCGGUGCCAGGAGGAGAAUUUCCUGCCCACCCCCUGCGAGUCGGGACACAAACCCUGCGGCUCCGGGGGGAGCUGCGCCGCUCCCGGCAUCUGCUGCAGCACCGGUGAGGGCGGCACGGAUCCCGGGGUGCCGGGGCUCUGCAGGGCACUGGGAGAGGGGAUUGUGCCCGAGGGAUUGUCUUCGUCCCAUCCGCCUGUCCAUCCCUCGCCCCGACAGACAGACGGCGCUCCCUGACUUAGCCAGACCCCAGGGAAGGGAUG